GAUUUUUUAUUUCCAGAAGUUUUAAUAGUCUGAGUAUAUUCACUUUGAAGGAUGGCUUCGGAAGAAUCAUCUCAGAAUGUAUUGGAAUGGGUGCAAAAUGACAACCGCCGCUUUCUCCAUGCUGUUUAUCGAGUUGGAAACCUCGAGAGAACUAUCAAAUUCUACACUGAGUGCUUUGGGAUGAAAUUACUAAGACAAAGAGACAUUCCAGAGGAAAAGUAUUCAAAUGCUUUUCUUGGAUUUGGACCUGAGGAGUCCCAUUUUGUCUUGGAACUGACUUCCAAUUAUGGAGUUGACAAGUAUGACAUUGGCACAGGGUUUGGAGUCUUUUCAAUUGCAACUGAAGAUGUAUACAAGCUGGUUGAGGAUAUCCGAGCAAAGGGAGGAAAAGUCACAAGAGAACCAGGCCCUGCAGAAGGGGGUACAACAGUUGUAGCAUAUGUGCAGGAUCCAGAUGGUUAUUUGUUCCAGCUUAUUCAAAGGGGCCCGACUCCAGAACUGCUGUGUCAAGUCGUGCUUCGUAUUGGAGAUCUUGAUCAGUCCAUCGCAUUUUAUGAAAAAGCUUGUGGAAUGAAACUCUUGAGGAAAAAGGAUAACCCUGACUACAAGUAUACAGUAGCAAUGUUGGGAUAUGCCAAAGAGGAAGAGACAACUGUGUUGGAGCUAAUAUAUAAUUAUGGUGUUACUGAAUAUACCAAAGGCAAUGGAUAUGCACAAAUAGCACUUGGCACAGAUGAUGUAUACAAGAGUGCAGAGGCUAUUUGUAUAGUUACAGAGAAACUUGGUGGGAAAGUAACCCGGGAACCGGGACCAAUACCUGGGAUCCAUACUAAAGUUACUUCUUUCCUUGAUCCUGAUGGAUGGAAAGUGUGCAAUAGUGCUUUUCGGGAGUCCAAGAAGACGGCUCUAGAUUCCUCAUCUUCAUUGUCAGAUCAAGCUAUGAAGAGGAUUGUAGCUUCUACAUCUGAUGGUCAUGCUUUUUGGGUACGUAAGGGUGCCAAUGCUUUGGAGAUGAAACUCCCAGCGGAGAAGAUAAUGUUAUGGCACCAAAGACUUGGUCAAAUUGGCGAGAAGGGUCUCAAAACCUUGAAAACAAAGCCUCGUAGAGGGGCUUGCAGAUUGUAA